UGCCCUGCGGCGGGACCCGGCUCCGCGCUCCCCCAGCCCACGGCCGGGCGCUGCCGGCUGCGCUGCCCGGCGGCACGGAGUUCAAAGUCUCCCCGCGCAACUUAGGUUAGGCGGCAGGACCUCUGUGGACCGGUGCGGGGCUUCCAGGGCGCGAUCGCGUUUCCGGCCUUUUGCCAGCUGCAAAAGCAAAUGAUUCACAAAACCCAACAAAAAUAAAACAAACUCGGGCUUACCUAAAAGUUAGGAAAUCUUUUUUUCUUUUUUUUCUUUCCGCCCCCCCCCCCCCUUCCCCCCUUUCUUUUACUAUUUUGUUCCCUAUGUGGAAGUCGCUUAUGAAUCGUGCUCGGUUCACUGCACGGGAAGAAGCAGCUUGUGUUCUGGAUCGAGGAUUUGCUGUUGCAAAGCACUCCAACUUGCAUGCAGUGGGGCAGCCUUCGCUAUUCUAACCGCCGUGGUGAUGUGCUGAGGAGCCCGUGCAUAGGGAUAUCUUUUGCAGCCACGGCACCGAAGCUACUCCUGGUGUUCUGCAUGAACCUUCAUUAGUCAAUUUGGAAAUGGACUUGCUGUCUGGAACCUACCUCUUGGCAGUCUUAUUAGCCUGUAUUGUAUUUCAAUCUGGAGCGCAGGAGAAGAACUACACAGUGCGGGAAGAACUGCCUGAAAAUGUCCUCAUUGGCAAUUUGCUCAAGGAUCUUAAUUUAACACUGGAUCCAGAUGUCCCCCUUUCCUCGCCACUACAGUUCAAGCUUGUGUAUAAGACUGGGGAUGUACCACUAGUACGAGUGGAGGAGAACACUGGUGAGAUAUUUACAACUGCAAACCGCAUAGACCGAGAGAAGCUGUGCUCUGGCAUCUUUAGUGAGAAUCGCUGCUUUUAUGAGGUGGAGGUUGCCGUUUUGCCUGAUGAAGUCUUCAGACUGGUCAAGAUCAGAUUCCUAAUAGAGGAUAUAAAUGACAAUGCCCCCCUCUUCCCAUCUACAGUUAUUAACAUCUCUAUCCCUGAAAACACAGCGAUUAAUUCUCGCUAUUCUGUUCCAUCUGCCAUUGAUCCAGACAUUGGUGUGAAUGGUAUUCAGCAUUAUGAACUACUUAAGCCCAAAACAGCUCCGAAAAGGACAUUUGGAUCAAUUACAAAUGAUCAGGGUCAGAAUGUAUUUGGUCUUGAUAUAAUUGAGACACCUGAGGGAGAUAAGUGGCCUCAACUGAUUGUCCAGCAGAUCCUGGAUAGAGAGCAGAAAGAUACCUAUGUGAUGAAAAUUAAAGUUGAAGAUGGUGGAAGUCCUCCAAGAUCUAGCACUGCAAUCCUGCAAGUCACAGUGACUGAUGUGAAUGAUAAUCGUCCAGUCUUUAAAGAGAAUGACGUUGAAGUUAGUAUUCCAGAAAAUGCUCCAGUGGGCACCUCUGUUUCUCAGCUCCAUGCCACUGAUGCAGACCUGGGCUCAAAUGCACAAAUCCACUUCUAUUUCAGCAAUCAGAUCUCCAGCUUGGCCAAAAAGCUGUUUGCUAUUGAUAAUGCCACUGGUCUCAUCACCAUAAGAGAGCCACUAGACAGGGAAGAAUCUCCAGUACACAAACUAACUGUUUUGGCAAGUGAUGGCAGUUCGACUCCAUCGAGAGCAACAGUGACUGUUAAUGUCACAGAUAUUAAUGACAAUGUCCCAUCAAUUGACACAAGGUACAUCAUCAAUCCAGUGAAUGGGACAGUGCUCUUGUCUGAGAAAGCUCCACUUAAUACAAAAAUUGCAUUGAUAACAGUAAUGGACAAGGACGCUGAUCUGAAUGGAAAAGUUACUUGUUUUACAGAUCAUGAUGUCCCUUUUAGACUAAAGCCAGUGUUUGAUAAUCAGUUUCUUCUGGAGACAGCUACAUUUCUAGAUUAUGAAUCCACACGGGAAUAUGCUAUUAAAAUAGUAGCUUCAGAUUCAGGUAAACCUCCCUUAAACCAAUCUGCAAUGCUCUUGAUCAAAAUUAAAGAUGAAAAUGACAAUGCCCCAGUUUUCACACAGCCUAUCAUAGGUCUUUCCAUCCCUGAAAACAAUGCUCCUGGUACUCAGCUAACCAAGAUAAGUGCUACAGAUGCCGACAGUGGGCGCAAUGCUGAGAUCAGCUAUAUUCUAGGUUCUGAUGCACCCCCUAUUUUCAAUCUUGACCGCCGUACAGGCAUUCUGACAGCAGUGAGAAAGCUGGAUAGAGAAAAACAAGACAGGUACUCCUUCACUGUACUGGCUAAGGAUAAUGGGAUGCCACCCUUGCAGACCAAUGCUACUGUGACAGUGUCAGUCCUGGACCAGAAUGAUAACAGCCCUGCUUUCACACACAAUGAAUAUAAUUUCUAUGUUCCAGAAAACUUACCCAUGUAUGGCACAGUAGGGCUUAUCACAGUAACAGAUGCUGAUUCUGGAGAGAAUGCUGCAGUCACUCUGUCUAUAUUAAAUGGUCGAGAUAAUUUCAUUAUCGAUCCACUUACUGGUGUAAUAAGACCUAAUAUUACUUUUGAUAGAGAACAGCAGGGGUCAUACACUUUUCAGGUGAAAGCGGUAGAUGGAGGAAGACUGCAGCGUUCCUCAACGGCCAAAGUGACGAUCAAUGUUGUUGAUGUAAAUGACAACAGGCCUGUUUUUGUAAUUCCUUCAUCAAAUUAUUCAUACGAGUUGGUUCCAACAUCAUCCAGUCCAGGUUCUGUUGUUACUAAAGUCUUUGCAGUUGAUAAUGACACAGGAAUGAAUGCAGAGCUCCGUUACAGCAUUAUAGGAGGGAAUUCAAGGGGCUUGUUUGCAAUUGACCAGUUAACAGGCAAUAUUACAUUGAAAGAGAAGGUAAUCACAUCAGAUCAUGGCUUGCACAGACUGGUGAUAAAAGUCAAUGACCUGGGUCAGCCAGAGUCUCUUUAUACUAUAGCUCUUGUGCAUUUGUUUGUGAAUGAGACGGUCACCAAUAGUUCCUACAUACAAGAGCUAGUGCGCAGGAAUAUGGAAACUCCAGUUGGCCAGAACAUUGGGGAUGGUGAGAUAACCCCACAAACCAAUGAUUAUGUCAAGAUCAUAAUUGCGAUUAUUGCAGGCACAAUGACAGUUAUUCUGGUAAUUUUUGUUACUGCGUUAGUACGAUGCCGCCAGACUCCCAGGCACAAAGUUGUCCAGAAAAAUAAGCAGAGUGGUGAGUGGGUUUCCCCAAACCAAGAGAAUAGGCAGAUCAAGAAGAAGAAGAAGAAGAAGAAACGCUCUCCAAAAAGUCUUCUUCUCAAUUUUGUGACUAUUGAAGAAUCUAAGCCUGAUGAUCCUGGCCAUGAGCACAUAAAUGGCACUUUAGACAUUCCUGUAGAACUAGAAGAACAGACUAUGGGAAAAUAUAACUGGGCCACUACACCAACCACAUUUAAGCCUGAUAGCCCAGAUUUAGCAAAGCACUACAAGUCUGCUUCUCCACAGCCAACCUUUCAAAUUAAACCUGAGACUCCUGUACCCCCCAAGAAGCACCAUGUCAUUCAGGAACUGCCUCUGGAUAACACCUUUGUGGUGGGCUGUGAUUCACUCUCCAAGUGCUCAUCAAGCAGCUCGGAUCCUUACAGUGUUUCCGAAUGCAGCUGUCAAGGAGGCUUCAAGACCCCAGGCCCCAUUCACACCAGACAGCACACAAAAGAAAUGGGAAGGCCACAAACUCCUUUAAAAGAAUCAACGCUGGAGCCAUGGACUCAGCCACAGCCUCAGCGCCGUGUCACGUUUCACCUACCAGAUGGCUCCCAGGAAAGCUGCAGUGACAGUGGACUUGGAGACCAUGAGCCCAGCAGUGGUGCCAGCACAUCGCACCCGCUGCCCCUCGGCUUCCCGCAGGAGGAGUACUAUGAGCAAGCAUCACCCAACAGCCGGACAGAAGGAGACGGAAACUCAGACCCUGAGUCCACUAUUGAAGUAAAUCUCCAGAAAGCCCUGGCUGAGGCCUCUGAAACCUGCACGCAGGAGUGUCUCAUCCUGGGCCAUUCUGACAACUGCUGGAUGCCACCUUCUUUGACACAGUAUCAACAAUCCAACACACCUUUGCCAUCAUUUGGCUUCCAGCAAAGCUGGGGCCGAGGAGCCAGGUCUGAUGGACGACACACUCUUGGGAGGCCCCUUCCAAAGGAUGACACUGACAAAGGCCAAGGUGGGCCCAGGCCCCAGUUCUACAACACCUGUGAAAGACAGUGCACCAGCGAAGAUCCUGUCAAAGUCAUCCCUCUGGCAAAUUUUGCCAUGUCCCACCAGGCAGCAGUGUCUGGGAGUAGCACUACGUUUAUCCAUGAGCACCAGCUAUAAAUGCGUAUCUGACAAAUUGGCUAUUUCAGGCUUUAAGGUGUUACUGUAUAUAGUCACAGCCUAACACUGUUCUUAGUGCAUAUACAAAUUUGUUAGGCUUGUGAAUAUUUAUGUAUAUAGAAUCCUAAAUUUAACUUGAAAAGCUAAAUCCUUAGGACUUAGUUAAAGAAAAUUCACCCCAAUUCUUAGUAAAAUAUAUAAAAUAGGGAAGAAAACUCAAAAUCCAGAGCCAAUCAAAAGAAAACCUUAAAAACCUGCUUAUUUUCUAAUAUGGGUCUAUAUGGUACAAAUAUCUGCUAGCAGGUCUUCCUCCCUGUUGAAAGCAAUUUCUUAAUACAGCUUAGGAAACAUUGCAGUAACAUAACUUACCAAUUUUUUUCUGUCUUCAUUGUUAUAAUUUAUAAAGUAUUCAUAGAUUUCACCUUCAUUUGCUUACCAAUAGAGAUCAAGUGGUCAAUUUCUUUUUUGGUUACCUUACACAAUAUAAAAAGACAUACUUUGGAAGGAUGGUGUACAUUCCUACCAAAACUUACUUUUCAUGUAAUUGAGAAGAAUGUACUCAAAGACAUGACAGCUGCUUUUGAUUUUAAUUUUCAGUGGUUGAAUCUACAGGUAUUUAUUCUUUGAAAGAAUGCAGUAGAUGAAAUAGAAAGCUCUUACUAGGCUUUUCUGUGUGAAAUAGACAACAGGACAGGAUGCAAUAUAGAUCUAAAAGUAUUACAAGAUUUUUUUUUUUUUUUUUUAAGAUUUUCCUUUCUGCAAUAAUAAAAGCAACAGUAUAAUGCAUAUGCUUUUCAGGCUAUGAGUCUAAUUUUUUUUAUUUUUUUAUCUUGCAGAGCUUGCUUUGGCUACUGUUCCUGUUAGUUGAAAAUUACAUGGGCACUGCUGAAAUCAGUAGGAAACUGGGGUAGUUUUUUGGCUGAUGUCUUAUUGUGGCUUUAAGCUACUGGUGUUUAAAAUAUUAUAGUGAUGUAUAUGUUUGUUUUACAGCUAUAAUCAAUCACCUAUUGCAAGUGUUCAGUAAAAGGUUAGCGAUAAUAUUAGUUACUUCACCCCAAACUUAGAAGAUAAAGGAGUAGUUGUCAUUGUAGCUUAGUUUAUUAUUAGAGAAUCACAGACAUUUCUCAGCAAAGAAAGAGGAAUCCAGGUAAUGAGUGCUGGAUAACUAUAAUUACAAACACACUCCAAUCAUAUUAUUUGACAAAGUCUCAGUAUGAUUCUCUGUAAAGAUGAGGAUUUUUUUUUUAGUGUUUUGUGAACUGGAUGGUAUAAUAGUAGCAGAAAUAAAACUAGUAAAUUCUGUAGUGGUUAAAAUGGAGAUUCCUUUCUUCAGUGAAAAAAAGAAAAAACACCACAUUUUCCUUUUAGCAUUCUGUUGCUGUUUAGCCAUCAUCAUUUACAGUGUGUACAUACCAAGAUCUUUUUCCUUAACAAACUGCAUAAUUUUGUUUAGUUUAUUACUACAUUAGAUGAGACAAUUGAAGUUGUGUGGAGGGAAAUUUGAAAGUUUAUGAAUAUUUCCCAUGGACAGAAUUCUAUGUAAGCUUCAUACUGUAACUUACGUGUAACAUAAAAAUGAAAAUGAAAUUUAAAAAAGGAGUGUAAAAAUGCUGUAAAAAAGCUGCUUGUAAAAUUUACAGAAGUUCAAGUUGUUGAGGGUUUCCAAUGAAUGCUAAAAGAGCUUCUAUUUUGUGCCCAGCAGGUAUAAGUAGCUUUAUAUAUUGUUGUCCCCACUGUAAAUCUAUUCAAAUCACAUUUACAUUUUAUGUGCAAAAUUAAACAAAAAAAAAAAGAAAAAAAAAGCAUCACUUUUAAUCUACUGGUAGGGUUUAAUUAAUAAACAUCAGAUUAUCUGACGAUGUACUUCUGGGUUUUUUUGUUUUUUUUUGUUAAUGUAAUUUUUUAUAAUGUUUAGAAAAGACAUGGCACACUGCUUUCUGGUUGCAUGUAAAUCCUGGGAGAAAAAAAACAAAACAGUCCUUUGGCUACUGACACACAACGGUUGAUACAGCUCAUUUUCAGUUCCAGGACAACUAAAAAUUUGACAAAUUAAUUUACACCUAAUAUAUACAGAGCCAUUUGUUGUUUGCUUUGGAGACAUCAUAGUUAGAAAAAUUCAGCAGUCCUUUUCAGGAUAUACAAAAAAGCUUAUCUGUAGUUUACACAGCCUUACCAAACACAUUAAUUGUGCAAAUUUAGAAUAAGGCUGGCAUAUAAUACUUCCUAUUGUAAGCAGUGGACUUCAGUUUUUAUUAUACAAGUCUGCUAUAUUGUGUGUAUAUAGAAUUGGCAGCUGCACUUGAAAACUCAUUUUUUUCCUCUCAACAGUCCUUUCUGACAGAAUAUUGUAAUUGAAAUUUAUUGGCAAAGCAAUCCAUUCCUACAGUUUUGCUAUUUUCACAGGAAAAGAUAAAGACACUAGAAUUAUAUUUUUUUU